UUAAUAUGUCCCUCAGUCUAUAAGGGAUGUAUUGUAUCACUGGGUUUGCAAAGUUUACAGUUGUUGCACUUGUUGGGGUUACAGUUUUGCCAGGUGAGUAGUUAGUGCUCUUAGUAUUUUUUUUUCAGUCAUCCAGGAUACAUACUAUGCUUUUAUGCAUCUUACGUCCCUUCUGUUUGCAGGGCAGUGCGUUGUACGAUUCUAUUGAUAACAGUAGAAUUCCUGUGUUGAAGAGUGGACGUGCGUGGCUUUACUAGACGUGGCUCAGGAGGAGCUAGGCUACUGUGACCACCAGCAGCAACCAAGUUUUGCCAUUUUCCAAAUUACUCACUCAGUAUUGCCAAACUUUGAAGCACUUGCUGGGCUACUCUGGAGGGGUGAAAGAGCAUCUCAUGCUGGUUUUCACAUUUUUGUGACUACCAGUCAGUUCUGGAGAGACGGAGUACACCACCCCCCUGCCUGUCGGAGGCCUCAGCUAUGUUCAGGGACACACCAGCAUUCAUCUUAUCCACAAGACUGUGGGUGGGUGUCUGGAUGCCACUGCACAAAGGGUCCCUGAUCGAGAGGCUGUGGUCAUCCUCCAUGAAAACAUCAGGCUGACCUAUGCACAGCUCAAGGAGGAGGUGGACAAAGCUGCUUCUGGACUCCUGAGUAUUGGCCUCCAAAAGGGUGACCGGCUGGGGAUGUGGGGACCCAAUUCCUAUGCGUGGUUACUCAUGCAGUUGGCCACUGCCCAGGCGGGCAUCAUACUGGUGUCUGUGAACCCCGCCUAUCAGGCCAUGGAACUGGAGUAUGUCCUCAAAAAGGUGGGCUGCAAAGCCCUCGUGUUUCCCAAGCAAUUCAAGAGCCAGCAAUACUACAACAUCCUGAAGCAGAUCUGUCCAGAACUGGAAAAAGCCCAGCCAGGGGCCUUGAAGAGUGAGAGGCUCCCAGAUCUGACCACAGUCAUCUCAGUGGAUGCCCCUUUGCCGGGGACCCUGCUACUGGAUGAUGUGGUGGCAGCUGGUAGCACAGAGCAGCACCUGGCCCAGCUCCGGUACACCCAGCAGUUCCUGUCCUGCCAUGAUCCCAUCAACAUCCAGUUCACCUCGGGGACAACAGGCAGCCCCAAGGGAGCCACUCUCUCCCACUACAACAUUGUGAACAACUCCAACCUGAUAGGCCAGCGCCUGAAAAUGCCUGUGAAGACACCAGAGGAGUUGCGGUUUGUCCUGCCUUGCCCCCUGUACCACUGCCUGGGCUCCGUGGGGGGCACAAUGGUGUGUGUGCUGCACGGUGCCACGCUUCUCCUGUCCUCUCCGAGCUUCAAUGGCAAGAAGGCGCUGGAGGCCAUCAGCAGAGAGAAAGGCUCCUUCCUGUACGGCACUCCCACGAUGUUCGUGGAUGUACUGAACCAGCCAGACUUCUCCAGUUAUGACUUCUCGUCCAUAUGUGGAGGUGUGAUCGCUGGGUCCCCUGCACCCCCAGAGUUGAUCCGAGCCAUCAUCACCAAGAUGAACAUGAGGGAGCUGGUGGUUGUUUAUGGAACCACAGAGAACAGUCCUGUGACUUUCAUGAACUUCCCUGAGGACACGAUGGAACAGAAGGCGGACAGUGUGGGCAGAGUCAUGCCUCACACAGAGGCCCGGAUCGUGAACGUGAAGACUGGAGAGCUGGCAAAACUGAACACGCCAGGGGAGCUGUGUAUCCGAGGAUACUGCGUCAUGCAUGGCUACUGGGACGAGCCUCAGAAGACCUUUGAGGCCGUUGGGCAGGACAAGUGGUAUCGGACAGGAGACAUCGCCUCAAUGGAUGAGCAGGGUUUCUGCAAGAUUGUGGGCCGCUCCAAAGACAUGAUCAUCCGGGGGGGUGAGAACAUCUACCCCGCAGAGCUGGAGGACUUCUUUCACACCCACCCACAAGUGCAGGAAGUACAGGUGGUAGGAGUGAAAGACCAGCGGCUGGGUGAGGAAAUUUGUGCCUGCAUCCGACUGAAGAGUGGUGAGACCACCACAGAGGAGCAGAUCAAAGCUUUCUGCAAAGGGAAGAUCUCCCAUUUCAAGAUUCCCCGCUACAUCGUGUUUGUGGAAGGCUACCCUCUCACCAUCUCAGGAAAGGUUCAGAAAUUUAAACUCCGAGAGCAAAUGGAACAGCAUCUAAAACUAUGAAUCAAGGGGAGGAGGGGUCCUCCCAGGCCCUCCCCAACCCUCCCCCUGCCCUCUGUCCUCUUUGUGAUUUGGCAUAAAGAGUUCUCUGUUCGACUGGUCUCUAGCUGGUAUGAUCUCUGCAGCUACUGUGGGAAGGAAGAAGGGAAGAGAUCCAAGGGAAAUGAGCACCUUCAGACCUGUUCCUCUGAGCCCUCUGCUGCCCACUAUCUACUUAAUUUAACCCUCACCCCAUCCCUUUGAAAUUCCAACCCAAUUUUUUUCUGUUGCAGGCUUUACUCAUCUAAUUCUUUUUCACAUUGUUGCCAGAUUA